AUGUCCAACGCCGCCACCACCAAGCCGCUUGUUGUGGCUCUCGGAGAUCCAAAAUAUGUCGGUGAUGAAUUCCUGGCAGAGUUCAAGCGGGAAUUCGAUUUCGAGAUCCUCCCAGCAACAAAUCGGCAGGAAACCCAGGAUCUCCUCCCGAAAUUCAUAGCGAGCUCUCGUCCGGUCGAUGCCUUUAUCAUCCGUAUGGGCACCAUCCCCUACGAGCCGUUCGACGAGGGUCUUCUAGGCAGCUUGUUGCCUCAAUGCAAGAUCAUCACCUCUGCUUCGGCGGGCUUUAAUGAGUUUGAUGUCGACUGGAUGACGCGGAAUAAUGUCUGGUUCUGCAACACUCGCGACGCCGUCGCUGAAGCGACAGCAGAUAUGGCCAUUUUCUUGACCCUGGCAGUGCUGAGAGAUACUACCCGAAGCGAGAAGAGUGCCAGGACUGGCAAUUGGAAGCAGGGCCUUGUUCCCAGUCGAGAUCCAACAGGGUUGACGCUCGGGAUCGUGGGUAUGGGGGCGAUUGGAAAGUAUACGGCAAAGAAGGCCUCGGUCUUCAACUUCCGAGUCAAGUACUACAACCGCAAUCGACUCCCCCCGGACGUGGAGAGGGAGUACAAUGCUGAAUACUGCUCAUCGCUGCACCACCUCCUGUCCGAGUCAGACAUCGUCUCCAUUUCCUGCCCACUCAACGAAUCGACCACGAAUCUCAUCUCGCACGCCGAAUUCGCCGCCAUGAAACCAGGCGCCUUCCUGGUCAACACGGCCCGAGGCGCCAUCGUAGACGAGGAGGCCCUGAUCCAAGCUCUGGAGUCGGGCAAGCUGACGCGCGCCGGCCUCGACGUCUUCUGCAACGAACCCAACGUCAAUCCGUAUUUUUGGGCGAGCGACAAGGUCGUGGUCCAGCCGCACAUGGGGGGACUGACGGACGUGGCGUUUAUGAAGUCCGAGCGGGAGUGUUUUGAGAAUAUCCGGAGUUUUUUUCGGACGGGGAGGCCCGUCGCGCCGGUCAAUGAGGUGGUGACCAAGUAG